AUGAAAAAGUGUGACAGAGAGGACAACAAAACACACAAAAAAUCUUUUCUAUACAAUUUUGUCAAGUUUUAGGUUGCAGAGAGAGCAUGGCGAGAGCGCCAUCCUAAUGGAAAGGGCGUAUAAACAUUUAGAGGAUCCAUUGGCAUUUGUAUUGAUUGAUCUAUAAUCUUAAUGCACUUCUUCAACAAAGGGCACUAUACAACAAGCGAUUAUAGAGACCCAAUAAAUAUCCUUCAAUAAGAACCUUAUCAACAAUGACAAAAUAGUACAAAAACAACUUUUUGGGGUUCAAAGUAAUAAAUUGUGUCUCAGGUAUUUGAUUUAUAUACAUAACGUUAUAUAUGCAUGUCACAUUGUUUUCAUACAUUUUGCAUUGCAUGGACUUUGGAACAGGGGUUCACAGAGUCCCUACAUAGAUCUACUCUUAUCAGAGUUAAACAGACAUUACCAAGGCUCAGUCAACUGGAGUCCAAAGUUUCAACAUAAGGAACAGAGAUGAUUGGCUGAAUUGUUUAUUUCCAUGGUAACACAACAAUACUGGCCAUGUCAGCAGACUGUCAUAUUUGCCCUUUCCCAUGCAGGGUUGGAAGUUACGCCCACUGGUCCUGAACACUGGGAUUGGAUAAAGUACUGAAUUAUCAGCAUCCCUGGAAGUUGUACAAGUGGCACAGAUUUCUGCCUUCCAAAUGCGAGAUAACGACCUGAACAACCCUGGGGCUGCAGGAAAGCCAGAUGGCUGGGGCUGGCUGAUGGGCUACAUUGUACCCACCGUGGUGCCACCGCUUGUCGGUUGGAUUGUCCACAAGGUAGACAAAAGGGAGAAAGAAAGAAAAAAACAACACACCAAGAUACAGGUAGACCAGAGCACAACACAGGUGGACCUAAGCAAAAUACAGGUGGACCAGAGCAAAAUACAGGUGGAACAGAGCAAAACACAGGUGGACCAGAGCAAGACACAGUUGGACGAGUGCAAGACACAAUUGGACCAGAGCAAGACACAGUUGGACAAGUGCAAGACACAAUUGGACCAGUGCAAGACACAGUUGGACAAGACAUUAGAGGAACUCCAACAAACCAAGACACAAGUGAACCAACUUCAAAAGGAAUUAAAAGAACACCAACAUGAAGCAUAUAGGCAGAAAGAAAGAGACAUUUGUGUGAAGGACAUG